GGGUGGCUUGUUCAAGAUGCUGAACAUCAAAGUUCGAUUUUUGAAAAAAAACAAUCAAUAUGGAAAUGUGCACGCAGUAGAAAAAUUACGUCAAUCCAUUGAAAUAUGGUAUGUUACAAGUGAGUAUUUGCGACAAGAAAUGAAUCCUAAUUUUAGGAUCACUGACCCUUUGAAUCCAGUUCAUAUAAUGUCUUUCUCCGGAGCUAGAGGAAAUGCAUCUCAGGUACAUCAAUUGGUAGGUAUGAGAGGCUUAAUGUCAGAUCCACAAGGACAAAUGAUUGAUUUACCGAUUCAAAGUAAUUUACGUGAAGGACUUUCUUUAACGGAAUACAUAAUUUCUUGCUAUGGG